GAAGAAGAAAGCGGAGGAAGAAGCGCACGAAGAAGAAAAAGAAGACCGUUGCGUUUUUCGCUCGUCGCGCCUCCAUCUGCAAAACUCUUCUUUUCCGUUCAUUAACAUCUUAAUUAUGAAUUAUUUAACCUGAUUAUUUACGAGAAACGUUAAGCCUUUUCCCCCCCUGGGAGCACAUAUAACGGAAUUGUACCUUUUUAUUAUUAUUAUUAUUAUUAUUAUUAUUAUUAUUAUUAUUUUCUUCGCUUGACCUCGUAGUUUUUUGGAGGGGAUUUGACAUCAUCAUCAUCACCUGGAGGCCAGACCAGGAGAUUCACUUUGGAUGCAUCACCCGAUUAAUCGAUUCCUGGGUUGAUUCGGUUCGAUCGAAUAACAGAAUCAGAUGCAGCGAGAACGGGCUCGCGCACACCGGCAUGGUUGACAUGGCAACGACUUAUUCAGCGGCCCGGAUUGUUUCGAUGCAUAAAAAUCUAAUCUAGAAUAAUCAUCGUUAAUCUCCAUGUGACUUCGCACCAGUGUGUAGUUCAGCCCAGCUAUCUUCAGCUGGCUUCUUUCUCUUUUCAUCGUUCUUCAUUUGCACCCGCUGUUGCGCAGUGUGCUUGUAGCAGAAUGGCCCCGCUGGUUGAAAAGCUGCGCAGAUUUGCAUGGAUUCUCAUCAAAGCUCUGCUGCGCUUCACCUUCAUGUUCAUCAAUAACUGCGUGGCGAUUCCAUCGUAUUGCUUGUAUUUGAUCGUCUUGCAGCCACUGAGGAUGGUGCACAGCUCUGCUUUCUGGCACAUCGAGGGCGUCAUGUUCAGGUGGCUACUGGCCAUGGUGGCAUCAUGGGGCUGGUGUGCAGGAUACACAGUGACGGAGUGGGGCGACGACGUGAGGCCUAUAACUGAAGAUGAAGCCAUGGUCAUCGUCAACCAUCAGGCCACCGGGGACGUCUGCACUUUAAUGAUGUGCUUACAGAAUAAAGGAACGGUGGUGCGGAAGAUGAUGUGGUUAAUGGACCAUGUGUUUAAAUACACCAACUUUGGCCUGGUGUCUCUGAUUCAUGGAGAUUUCUUCAUCAGACAGGGCAAAACACAUAGGAACAAACAGCUCAUUUACCUGAAGAGUCACCUAGACAAGUAUUACUACAGUCGAGACAGGAAGUGGAUAGUUCUGUUUCCUGAGGGGGGCUUCUUGAGAAAAAGGCGAGAGACAAGUCAGUCAUUUGCCAAGAAGAAUGACUUACCCCACUUAACACACGUGACACUGCCACGCCUCGGUGCCACUCAGGUAAUCCUGAAGACACUUGGACCACAGCAGGAGAAUGGCAUGCUGGGAAACGACACCGGCUUGUCAGCACGGAAAGAUAGUAAAUCUAGAGGCCUGCAGUGGGUAGUGGAUAUGACAAUAGCAUACCCUGAAGCCAAACCCAUGGAUAUCCAGACGUGGAUUUUUGGCUACAGAGGUCCCACUGUCACACACGUGCACUACAGGAUCUUCCCAGUAAGAGAGGUGCCAAUAGAGAUGGAGGCUCUAACAGACUGGCUCUAUCAAAGGUUUGUGGAGAAGGAAAAACUUCUUGCUCACUUCUAUCAGACAGGAGUGUUCCCUCCAUCAAACGGUCAGAGUCAGGCUGUUUCUCGGGCGAUGACACUGGACUUUGCAUGGCUGUGCGCUGUCCAGUCGUUUGCCUUCAUCUCAGGCUACAUGUGGUACAGCGUCCUUCAAUACGUCUACUGCUGGUUCUGCUCAUUGCUGUGGUGAAUAGAGAGAGGGAGAAAGGGAUGAGGGAAAGAGAGACAAUGAUAGAGGAAAAAAAGGAACAGCCAUCGAAGCCGAUCUUGGAUUUGUUGAAAUGCCACAGAUGCUGGCUUAACUCAGUGGCAAGAUGAUCAUGAAGGAAAAAUGUAUUUGAUCCUAGAUCCCAAACCUGCACCCCAUUUGGGCAGACACACACACACACAAACAAACACAGGUAUGCAGACACACACUCAUGCACACAUGCAGUUCUGCAAUAUGAACAUACAUUCAAAGAAAUAGGUGAACAGUGACAUCAUGUUUACACAUGUACAUGUCCAUAUAAAUAUAUAUAUAUAUAAAAUUCUAUAUCUCAAUGUUUACUCAUGCACAUGCUGACACGUUUUAAUUUUAAUUCCAAUCAUAAAUUAGGCUCAGGAAUAAGCCAAUUUCAUUCACCUGCCAUCAGUAAACACUGUCUUGCUUACGUCUAUGUCGUGAGGAGAACGUCCUGCAAACAUACCGAAAUGGAUUGUGCUUUGGACUUCCUGACGUCAUUUCUGUCCUCCCCUUUCCUGCUUUUCCUUCGUUGUCCUGUGUGCUCUGUUUUUGUCUCUGUGUCUAGACAGUAUUGCAAUUUGCUCACGUUUACAUUGGAUGCUUCUCCAGAUGAUCUCCAAUUCACCUUCUGUCUCAGUAGGGGACCGCUCCAUAUCUCACACAUUUCAUAACACUGAACUGCUUUCAAGUAGAGAUAAAAAAAAAAAAAAACUCCUCUUUGUCACCCUAGUUGAAUUCAUGUUGGUGUUUUACAGAUAUAAUUAAGCCAUAUGUUUUGUGUGUGAGGACUGAAACUGGAAAGGACUCACUGUUGACUGAAUGAAGUGUGAAAUUAGGCUCGAGGUGUCAUUACUGUAAAUUUAGAACAGCGUAACCUGCCGAAGUGUGCCGGUCAACUUUUUUUUGUUGUUGUUUUUGUUUGUUUGUUUGUUUGAUUUUUUUUUUAAGAUUAACAUAUGUUUGCUAUUUGUACUCUCAGUGCUAACUGCAAAUUACUGUUCAUUUUAAUUUCUUUUUUCUUUGUUUUCUUUUAUAAAAAUUAUUAUUAACGUGAACAUUUGGUAUUAUAAACGCUGAGAUAGAAUCCAUAACGUGACCACAUCAUUUCCGUUGUUUUCAGUUUCAAAAUAUCCUAAUUGUUAAGAUGGAAGGAUAAAAAACAAAACAAAAUACAACGGUACCCCUCUGUGCUGGUGUUUCUAGAAAUCUCUCUUUCUGUGGUUUAAAGAAACAAAAACUGGUGUGCGAGCCUGUUUAGACUGACCGGCUGCAGUUUACUUCAUAUUAAUGCAACAUGUUUGGUUUUAUCACAUCAAUGAUGAUGAUUGGUGAUGAUGAUGAUGGUGAUUAUUUUUUUUUUUUUAUUAUUAUUAUUGCUUUCUAUUACAACAGAGCUGUUUGGCUCUUAUUCAUAAUAACCUUCUGCUUUCUGUGUCCUGUGAGGAAAUCUGACUCUGUCUUUCAGUUCUGGCCUGAACUCUAUUGUAAACACUGUUCCCCUUUACACCAAAUGCAGUCAAAUAGGCAAGACUAGUUUGGCGUCUGAAGCUGAAGUUUGCUUGUUUAGUUUCAAGUCAGGAUCAUUUAUCAUUUGCACAGGAUGUCAAGGCAUAUGUUUAAAGUAAGGCUCAGAAAUGUGUGUGUUUGGGUGUGUUUGUGUGUGUCUGUGUGUGAGAGAGAGAGAAUGUGUAUGUGUGUGUUUGAGGUGUGUGUGUGUGUGAACCCUUCUCAUGGUGAAAUUCUCUACUAUAUAUAGUUCUGACAGCAGGCUUUCUGCAGUGCAUGUGAAUUGCAGGAGACAUGCUAACAGCUGGUAUCUGAUUACAAAAUAAAUUGAUUACUUUUCAGCCUCUUUCACUGCAGAAUACAGUUAUCAAAAAAAUUACUCAACCUGUGACAGACACUGUGUGAGGAAAUGACACUUAGCUGGCAAGUAUUUUGACAUCAUUUGACAGAAUGAAGCAAUUGUUAAAUGUUUCUUACACACCAAAAAAUAGUGAGAUUAGAAUGUGAAUAAAAGUAUUUCUGUUUUAUCAGGACUUAAAAAAGCAGAUCUCAAAACGCAUUACAUAUCAUAGCUGUAGCUGGAAUGUGCCAUAUGCUAAAGAAAUGAUAUUUACAUGUGGAAUUCCUGCUGUGCUAGAAAUCAGGAUAUAAACAAGUCACGAAACAGAUGUCAUAGCUGGGACGACUUUUGACUGGCGUGCCGCAGUGUCACAUCAUCAAUCUACAUGCAGUGCUCCAUGCACUAACGGCAGCAUUUACUUUCUCUGGAGGACUGUCAGACAUGGAAGUCUCGUUUUGUUUCCUUGUUAUAAAACAGGAAGUCAGAUAAGCAUCAAGCUCAUCACAGUGAUGGACAAUACUAACAUUCUUCAAAGGAGUGUUUAUAAGCAGAAUAGCAAUGAAAUGUUGUGAGAAACCUGCAUUGAAACAGGCAUCCUAAACCAACUGAUGAUUAGUGAAUGGUCUGAAGAGUAGGGUUUUUGCAGGGACUUUCUGACAGUUAGUUGAAAAACAAGGAAGAAGACAGUAAAAACGAAGAAAAGCCAGCUGUUUUGCAUCUCACUGAUGCACUCAUUAAGGGCUUGGAUUAUCCAAGAUUUGGAAUUUUCUGCUCUUCCACAUCAUGUAGGUUUGAGGAUUGAGGAAUUUUUUUGUUAAAAGUAAUUCAUCUGGUGAUGUACUUAAAAUUAUUUCAAUAUUGUUUUACUUGCUGUUGCUGUUGUUAUCGGGUUAUGUUUAUGUAUGAUGAUGAAACUGAUAUGAUGAUAAACGGCAACUUGUAAGAUGUUUUUGUCAGCUGCAUUUGCGACACUAACUAUAACGUCUCGCGCCAGCGCACAAAAAAGAAGCAAACUUCAGACACCAAACAUUUCUUGCUUUAUUUUCUACAAGGGGAUCAUUGUAUGCAAUUUAUUUAUGUUCCAUUAAUGCCCUUUUGUUGACUUUUUUCCUUUGUCCUAUGUGGUCUUGCCAAGUUGCAUUAGUUGUAUGCACAGAUGGAGGUUUUGGAUCAUUUUAAAAUAUAAUUUCUUUGUUUUGUUUGUUUUUUCUCCCCCGUUUUUAUAUAUACAGCAUCACCUGCCAUUUUCACUGUUUUGAAAAUGAAAAUUUGUUAAGACUGCAGGAAUACCUUUUAAUGAAGUUCUGCUCCUCAGGAUUUAACCAAGUGAAAGUGGCAUGAGGAUAUUAAAAAAAUAACAGUAUUGGAACAGGGCCUGUGACUAGAUAUAGAGUAGAUGGAUCAGCCAGGGUUAAAUUUGACCCAUGAACUAUCAGCAUGUAGUAAUAAUGAGAAGAAGCUUCUGUGUUGUCUAAAUAAAACUGUCCUUCGUCUAGCAAUAAGGUGCAAAAGUAGGAAGCAGUUCAGCUUACAAACCACUAGACUAAUUAACAGACCAGAGCUUGCCUAAAUGUGCCACUUGUGGGAGUGUGUUUGUGUUUCUGCCUAGCUUGCUGAAGUCUGAAAUGAUUAUAUGAUGAGUGUAUGAUGCAGCUUCACAUGGGAAAAAAGAAAAGAGAAAAAAAGACGCGGAAUACAUUCACAGCCGUUCGGACUGAUGAACAUGCAAGGACUUCCAUCCAAAAGAAAAGGAAAGGGAACUCAACCCUCUUCAUGUCAUAACUGUCUUUUUUUUUUUAACUUUUGUUUUUGUUUUUAGGAAUUUUAACAAAUUAUGCUAGACUGGUCUUUAGUUUUCAUUUUGUACUCCUGUUGCCCUUCUCUUUCCAGCUGCCCAGCCAUUUUACAACACAGUUUAAUUGUGCUGGAAUAAAAAUGAUAAAUAUCAAUGAAACACAA